AUGAAGUCACGGAGCGAACAAUAUCGUGGCGAAUCUCUACUGUCAUAUUUUCAUUCGAAAUUUUCUGAAACUUCGAUCUCAUUCAACGGUGGUGCGACCUCGAAUCUCAAAAUAGAUACACACGGGUCAAAGUCUAUUAGAGUUCGUCCGGUAAAACAGAAAGCGAGCGAUCCCCCUGCGUUCCAGAAGUAUACUAAAUCAAAACCUUGUCCGUUCUAUAAGUGGAUACCAGACACACCACUGACUGUAGAUGCUUUCAACUAUGGAGUAAUAAAAGGGUGUGAGGCAUACAUACUAUCCCAUUUCCACAGUGAUCACUAUAACGGUCUUUCAGCCUCAUUUCCAGGCACGAUCUAUUGCAGUGCGGUAAGACGAUUAAAUAAUUUCCUAUCAACACAGGUAACAAAAUCCCUCGUACGCAUCAAAUUCGGCGGAAACCUCAAAGUCGUGGCGAUUCCGUUGAAUGAGAGUUUUCCUAUUUGUGGAAUAGACGUGGUCGCCAUGGAUGCAAAUCAUUGUCCUGGAUCGGUGAUGUUUUUAUUCCAUCUGAAAUCAAUGAAGCGGUUCAUCUUACACACUGGCGACUUUCGGUUCCAUCUUGACAUGUUGCUACCUCCCAGUCCGCUGGCAGAUAUUGUUGGGAUGCAUUUGAUUCCCGUUUCGGGUAAAGCGAUUCCGCAACUGCAUACAGUAUACUUGGAUACCACGUAUUGUUCGUCACAGUAUGAUUUCCCUCCUCAACAAGUGAUCAUCGCAGGUGCUGUAGAAGUGACCCGUGUUCAGUUGGAAAAAUAUCCCAAUACUGUCGUAGUGUGUGGCAUGUAUACACUGGGGAAGGAACGGUUCGUUUACGGGCUAGCUAGUGAAUUGAAUCUCCGAGUGUGGCUACACAGAAAUCAACACCAACUUGUCAGCACGGCGGCUCUUAACGGCUGCACCGUCUGCGCCUCCCUGAUGGCACACGUCGUCUCUAAUCAACAACGAGCUCAGCUUCAUGUUUUGCCGAUGGCACAGCUCGGCAUGUCAUCACUAAUCCAGUACCGAACAACGCUUGGGCCGUCCAAUGAUCAGACUCCUUUCAAUUCUCCGUCUAAUGUUAACCGGCCGAGGCCACUCGUUGCUUGGCGACCCACCGGCUGGUCCCAUCAGACUGGUGCCAAAACGAACAAACUAUUGCAAACCACUCUUGAUUCGUCUAAACCAUUACCAGAAGGCAUCAGGCUCCAACAAUGCAAUGAUAAUAUCCGCAUUUACGGUGCGGCUUACAGCGAACACAGCAGUUACAGCGAGCUGAAACGGUUUAUCACACACUUACGCCCUAAUCAUGUACAACCAACGGUGUUUGGUAGUGCCGCUAGGGGCUGUCAAUUAGAAAUCGAAUCUUGGCUUGAAAAUCACUCGCCAACGGAUCUCUGAAGGAACGAAACCGAUGCAACCCUAGAUUUUGACUUCCCUAUUUUAUUAAUCCGUACUUAUUUUAU